AGUUAGUUUGGGCAUUUUUUCGUUACUACAAGCCAACGUUUUAAACUUCCGUUUCUUCCCUUGUUUGAUCGCUCACCUACUUGAAAAACGGCCACUGUCGAAACUCUGACCAACCAUCUUUGUGUUGCUUCUCUGUCCCUUCGGUCACUGUUGGAGUGUUCGAGUGGUGGCAACUUGCGAACGCUCGAAUCGGCCCCUCAUACGCAACGACGGCAAGGGAAACCCUCCCCGGCCGUCGCCUGCAUCCUCAACCGUGCCUAUUCUCCGAUGUUCACAUUCUGGAACUACAUGUCAAGCAACCUGUGUCCCAGUGGUAUCUUUCUCUGAAGACGUCGCCCAAGUUUUAUCCUCUAAUUUCCAAGUUUUCUAGACCCACAACAGUGAGAAUAUGUAUUGACCUUGAUGUUUCUAAAGACUUGCUCAAUAAAAUUUGGAUUAAUAAUGGUGUUUCAGGAUUUGUUCAGUCUGUAACGUAUGAAAAUUUUCCCGCUUUCUGCAAUCUGUUCUAGGUUGAAUCAUCUGAACACAAAAUGUCCCAGGACUUCAAUUAAUUUGGAACCAAAACCAAUUAUGCUACAUUUGGUUGAGGUUAAUUGUGUUUCGGAUGAAGAUGUUUCUGUCCAUGUAGAUGCUCCAACUAAUGCCCCUAUAUUUGUUACAGAAAGUCCCCUCCCCUAUUUGAUUAUGCACUAACAGCUGCUUAUCCGGUUACCUGUAAUACUCCACUUACAGAUUGUGCAAACAGUGCCCCUGUUGCACCUCCAAUUCAUGCCCCUGUUACAAAUGGAGCAAACAGUGACCCUGUUGCUCACCCAAUUCAUGACAUUUCUGCCAAUGAAGACCCAAGUUUCCCUGUUGAUGCUUCUUUUUAUGCCCCUAUUAAUAUAGAUGAUGGUGUCACUGGUAACCAUACAAGUGUUGCCCCUACUGUUGAGAAUGCUUUUCCAGAUUGUGCUAAGGAACUGGCUACUCUUAUUAUUGUCAGUGACGAAUUUCGAGAGACUCACGUCUCUGCAGCCCAUGACUCUGAUGUUAUGGUAACCUGGGAUGAGCCCCCGGUGGCUACCUGUAAUAAGGCGGUAAACGAUGGUGUUGCUCAUCCCCUUUUGACAGUAAAAGCUGAACUGAAUGAUGCUCAAUGUGAUCUUGCUCGUGCUGCCAAUGUUGUUAAUAUGGAAUUACCUGGAAAUGAUGAUGUCCAAUUUGAUCCAACGCGUAACAUUAUCUCAAUUGCCCAUUACUUAUCCAAUGAUGAUAAUCUAUCUGAGGAAGAUGCGAGGAAAAUCAUGCUUUUGUUCAGACAAUUUCAUGUCCUGUUCAAAAUACCCCUUGCUUUUGGGGGACUUCGAUUUUGAUUCAUGUUUUUUAUUUUUGAAUAAUUUGUAUUUCUAAUCAAACGUUAUUCUUAGUUGAAAUAAUAUGAUAACAUAUCUUUUGGGUUUGAUUGGACAUUUGGACCUAUUACAUUUCCUUUAAUCCUCACAUUACAUAUUGCUCCCAAAUGUUAUGACCUUAUCAUACUAGGUAUUUUUUGUGUGAGGUCUGCGUGCAUUCAUUUAGGAGUUGAAAGGUAUAAAAGUUGAAUACAACAAAGACGAGCGUGUUGAGUACUCUAAGUAUAUCUUGCUGGUGCUUUUACCUUUCUUGAGACAAUACAAUGCACAACAAAUAAGGGAGAAGGAGACUGAAGCAUUGAUUCAAGAGCAGAAUUUGAGCACAUAUUAUUAUGGCUCUCGAUGAUGUCAUAAAAACCACAACCACAUGUUCAAAACGCGACUCAGAGGAUCAAGCAGGAUCAGCAUUGGCUCUGUAUGCAAUGGUUCGCAUUUCAUAUGAAUUGCUGUGGUCGGGUGGCUCCUCUACACCACACGGUGAAAUCGCGAGUGGCCUCGCCCUACCACACGCAUAUUUGAAAAAGCUCAAACUGCAAUGCCGUUUGAGGUCGAAAGCCUCCUCAAUCUCAUGCAACAUAUCCUCUUCCAUGGCCAAAAACAAGGAUCGAGAUUGGAUGGUAUCGCGUAUAAAGCAAUUUUUUGUUGGAAGGGUGAUUUCUGCCAUGUUUCCUUCCUUUUUUAUUUUACUUUUUGUACAUAACUUUGACAUUGUUUUUUUCAUCUACAUUGAGUUUUAUUUAAGGUUAAAUGCGUU